UCAAUUAAUCAUCACCAACCCCAUCUCUUUCUAACCAUCAUCCGUAUGGUAUGGCUCUAAUUUCAGACCGAUGAUGCGGGUUAGGUUAGGUACCCGAAGUACCCCGUAUGAAAACAAACCGAGUCUAGGCAACCAUGCAUGCAUGAUCAUCCAUUACACUUGUUCUGGGGUGAAAACCCGUGAUCUCGAUCUGGCCUUCGUUGAUGGUAUCCUGCAACGGUGACACAUACACCCAAGGCCUUGCCGCUGUCAUGGUCGAACCCAGUCUCUAGGAUGAAUCCAUGAUACGGGCCAUGAUACUAGGCGUACAGUAUGGUUUUCGUUUCUUGUAAUUCUUCUAUGUAGUCCGCUUUGUUGUGUCAGGGUCCUCCGGUUAUCUGUCACCGGCGGGGCCCUUGACGUACACAGCAAACACGUUGCACAGUACAAGCGCAAACACUAGCUGUUGCACCGUAGCACGUCCUGAUCGAUCUGCUGCUGGUACUACGUGCUUGAUCGACCUGACUCCUGAGCCUCCCCACGAGCAGCCCCAAACACAACACUUGUUCUCCCUUCCUUCUCUCGUCAUGCCGCCGCUGACGACGAGAAGCAGCGGCUCCUUCUCCUACCGCAAGCUCAAGAAGCUCCCCCCGCCCCCCACCGAUCACGAGCACGACGACUCCGCCGCCGCCACUGCUGCUGCCAUCCAGGACUACUACAGCCAGGCGGCCACCGCCAUCUUCGCCACGAGGGGGAGGACGAGGAGGAGGCCCUCGUAUGCUACCGGGCGUCGUCGGCGGCGGCUGAGGAUCUCGGGCCUGGCGAGGCUGCUGCGGCGGAAGGCGGCGGCGGUGGGCGGGCGGGUGCGGGCGUCCGUGGCGAAGGUGGUGGGGCGGCUCAGGGAGGGCGGGCCCUACGUCGGGGACCUCUUCGCCGGCAACUACCUCUUCCUCCAGGUCACGCCGUCGUCGUCGUCGUCGUCGGCCGGGCGGCGGCUCGACGGAGGGUUCUUGCCUUAUUACUACGAGGUCAAGAACAAGCAGGCCGCCGCUGUACAACAAGGCUUGAUCCGUGCAUAGUUCUCCGGUACUCUCCCCGGUAGUCCAGUGCAUGCAUGGAUGGAUUAAUUACUGCUUGGUGGAUUUGUCUGAUGAUUAGGUUGGUUCAAUUUGCUUGCUUGUGCAAAUUGUGAUCCAAGAGUGCCUCCUGUAGGGGAAUAAAAAACAUGUGCGAAGACAAGUUGUAUGGUUAUCUUAUCUGUGUCUUUUGAGUAUAUACGGUUAAUUUUUUAGGGGAGUUUUCUUUCUGUCCUUAAGAGUUUGUAAAUCCGAACCCUAUAUAUGAUAAUUGAAUGGAUUAUGAAAACAA